AUGGCAUCAAUAACGAGAUUAGUGAAUUCUUUUGACGUGAAUUCGAAGGAAUUCGUAUCGGUGGUGCACGAUUUGAUGAUUGAUAACAAGGACGUACCUUUUGAUAAUCACGAGGUCAACACUGUACAAAAUGCUUUUGUAAAAAGUGUUAAUUCUUGUAUAAAUCAAGCAGGAUGUGAUUUUCUACCUAUCUUAGACAGAAUUUUACCUACAUGUUCCAAAGAUACUUUUACAAAAUACGGUUUGUUUUGGAUAGUCAAUACUACUAAAGUACUAGAAAAUGUACAUAGUAGCAUACAAGAUUUGAUACUGGCAUGUAAAGUAUUGGGAGUUUUAGUCGAGCAGUGCAAAGAAAUUCCAGAUUUGCAUAAGCAGAUUUCUAUGCAACAUGUCAAACAGCUUAUAAAUGUUCUUAGCACGUUGCAACCAGAUGCAAAAUGUGGAGCAGUUUAUUACUUGAUAGCUGUUCUCCUUUAUCAUUAUUCUGAAGUUUGCGAUAGAUUUCAGGAAUUGAUAAAGAAAAUUAUAUUAUUACAAAUUGAUUCCACUCAAAAGAAUUUAGUUAAUGCUAGUGCAAGAUGUUAUGUUCUUCUAUCUAAAGUGACAGAGCGUUCAUUUAAACCACCACCGUCUAAAUCCAUUUACACUGCAAUAACAUAUAAUGAAGUGUUGCUUUGUAAUAACUUGCAUGCUAUAAUGGAUGAAUUAUUCUCCGGAUUAAUUGAGCUGGAAAGUGUAGAUAUCUGGGAUCAAUUAGAAUUACCACCUAUUUCUAAUAAAGAUGUACUACAUUGGUAUGAAGCAAGAAAUUCUGUCCUACCUCGUGAUAUUCUAGGAGUUUUAUGUCGAGGAUUGGCAAUAACUCCAUUAAAUUUAAUGAAUAAAACUUCGUUCAAAGAACAGAGGCUAUACAUUAUUUUACCAAAAUUGCAUAUUAGUUUACUCACAGUUUUAGAUGCAUUUAUAAAUGGAUUUGCUCAGGAACUAGUACCUUAUGGGGCAAUCAUAUUACAGUUAUUCCAACAAACAUUGCAGUGGACAAGUUUCAUCUCAGAAAAUCAAAUGACAUUUAGAGAUAGUAAACCUUUUAAAAAUGUCAGGAUACACACAUACAAAUGUCUGUGCUCGUGGUUAAUUAAUAUGGGUGCAUCAUCAGGUAUAGAGACAAUUGAAAAUGAAUUUAUCACAGACAUAUUAAAGGAUGUAACACCAGAACGAGAGUGUAUAUUAUUAUCUUUGCAACCAAAACAUUCGUCCAAACGGGCGAUAAAACAUUUUAAACGUAGUCAAUACGAAAAUAGUGCUAUAAUGAAUAAUGGAGAAAGUUCUAUCACCACUAAAAAGGGAAGUCUAUAUAAAGACUUAUGUAAAGAGGCUCUUAUCACUCUGCAAUACAUGAUUUAUAGCGGUAGCGUUCUGGUGAAACAGACAUUUUACAAGAGUGUGCAGAAUACCGUAAUACCCUUAUUGUAUAAUGUUUAUCUCGGUGCUGCAGAACAGAAUUUUUACAAAGAUCAUAAUAUAUGCCGCUUGGAAUUAUUUAAAGUAUUAAAAGCUUUACAAAUGAAUCCACAUGUCACAUUAGUAUGUCCUAUACAAUAUUAUCUCGAAAUAUCACACAUGGCAACUCUUGAUACCGAUUUAAGUAUUGCUCAAGAAGCAAAACUCACAUUAGCUCAGUUAGAAAAAAUUAUACACCCUAUUGCGCCUACGUUACAGUUACCUCGACAACGGGAAUAUGAUGAACUUGUCCCUGAAAUUCAAAUAAAAGACGCUACUACUAGCAAUGAAAUAGAAGAAACUACUAAUAGCACAUCAGAUAAAAGAAGUAGGGCUGAAGAAGAAUCUUUUCAAGAUGCAGAUGCAAUACCAUCUAUACAUAAACGACCCAGAAUAAUUGCGAUUGAAACAAUACAGAAGGAAAUGAUUACAGAAUUAACAGAAAAAAAUAAUGAUAUGAAUAUAAAUAAAUCUCAGGCAGAUGAUAAUUCAUGUCGACCAAAUGUAAUUCAUGUCGACUCAAUUCAGACUGAAACUGUAGAAGAACUAAAUAAGACACAAAAUAAGAAACAAAAUCAACUGCAUAUUGAUACAAUUCCAAAUGCUAUUAUUGAAAGUAGAGUGGAAUGUGAAUUAGAUAUGCAUAUUACUACAAAAGAACAAGAACCACAUGAACAAGCUGAAGAUUCGAAAUCGCCUAUUGAUAAAAGAAACAAAAGAGUAGAACAAAAUCCUAAAAUCAUUGGAAAAAAAGCAUCUCCAGAUUAUAUAAAUGAAUGGGAAGAAAUGGACGAUGAAGUUCUAAAUUCUUUAAGUUUGUUUCACGACGAGAUAAAAUCAUCUAAUGAUUAG